UUAGUAUUUACUAUCCAAGUGGUCGCAAAAGUAGGUUCAUCACCGAUGAAAAGGAGAAGAAGGUCUGCAAAAUUGUUUUUAGGGGAAAAGACAUAGGCAGUGGAUUGAGGGACUUUUUAAAGACAAGUCAUCCAGAAGAACUAAUUGAGGGUUCUGUAGCAAUUUUAGGUGAUGAAUGCAAAACCUUGUGCAAGAGAAAUUCUGGAAGUGUGCUUCAAGACAAAUCAAUUCAAAAUGUUAUGGAAUUCACUUGGGACAAACUGUACACAGAACUACAAAUACGUGCCCCUAAUAUCCUGAAGAUAGUAUCAGCAAUGGUUAAUGACAUUCCAAUCCAAGUGAAUAACAAACCAUUUCAACUUGUAAUGUACACUUUGUCCCAGAUUCUGCAUGCCAGAUCUCAAGAAAUGUCUUUAGUACAGUACUUGUCAGGACUAGUGUUAAUGCAUGGAGGAUGCACCCUUAAGGAUAUCGAGAGGAUUGCCAAAUUUGGUGCUUCAGUUCACCCAGAAACAUUGCGAAGAAAGCUGAAUUCAUGGGACGAAUACUUGGACGAAGAACUACUUAAGUACAAAACAGAAUGGAGUCGAGGAGGAAACAAGAAAUAUCAGCUAAUUGGAGACAAUUGGGAUAGAAAUAUUAUUCCAUCUUCUCGUACAUCUCAAGACAAGACAUUGUCUUUGCACCUGUUUCAAGUUAUUGGAGUCGUUGAUAGGGUGGAUUCUCUGAAUUGUGCUUUUGAUCCACAGCUCCUAGAUAUUUUAGAAUUAACUCCUGUGGAUUUUAUUCCCUCAGUAGCUGAUCAGGACAUUCUUCUGCAUGAGUUGACCUUUUUAGUGGCCAAUGCAGUGAUUGCAAAUAUUGAGCAGCUGAACGGAGCAUUUGGAUAUAUAUAUCCAAAACACUUGAAUCACAAGUAUAGUGAAUUCUCAGGAAUGAAAACGGAACAAUAUUCUUUGGGACUUUUUGAUUGUAAUGAAAUGGUUACCCAAGAUGUGAUCAGGCUACUAAAGGACAUAUCAAAGAAGUAUGUGCCCAUUGACGAUGCUGGGGAAAUAGUUGAGGAAGUGUUUUUGGAGGCAAGUAAAAAUUAAUAGGGGAACAUUUCAAGAGGAACAUCAACAGCAGGGCUCAAAAUUAACAUAUGCUUAUCACUGACUGGAUAAAAGUCUGGCAGACUGAUUGACAUUUGUUUUAGAGACAGAUUGACUGAUGAGAGAAUACAGAGUGCCCAAGAAGCUAUGACCAAUAAUGAAAAUCCAUUGGAUAAGUUUGAAGGAUUCAUUUCCAAAAUUGAAGAUUUUCAUCGGCUCAUGAACUUCCUUGAGGCAAUUGUGUUGCAAACAUACAGCACCCAGUCAGCAAAUGACAGAGGAACAGUGUAUUAUUAUAAGAACAUAUUAAAUGCACGCAAUGUGAAGGGGAAAGUAAAGAACUCUUACAGAGGAUAUAAAAUGCUAUACCGUACUAUAUUUGAUGCUAUGUGUUGUGCAUUUUUCUUGAAAGAGUUUGGACUUCUUAACUUAACAGAGAGCAUACCACUGCCUGAUGAAUUCUCCAAAUGGACAGGAGAGGAAAAAAUACAGUGGAUGAAUAACAUAUGUGAACGAAUUGUGAACAAGUGGUUUUUUGGAGACAGUGACUUGUUUGAAGAGUUGCGACAAGUAUUGUCUGAUCCAGAUCAUGAAGAAAAUUAUUGGUUCGGGAACUUUAAAGAUGGUCGCUUUUCCUGCCACUACUGUGAAAAAACUUACUGUCAUAUCAAAAGUGCAGAAUUUCAUGAAAAAGAAGUCCAUGGCCAUUCCAAACCAGCAUUACGAAAAAGUAAACAAGCAAACCUAUUGCAAGAUGAACUUUUUGAUUAUUUGAUAGCCCUUUUCCGUCUGUCAGCAUUACAUCGAAAUCUUGAUACGGCAGUGGAUAUGGCUGAUGGCUAUAGAUCUAUUCGCUCAGCUAAGUACGAGACCCCGCUGUACAACAAGACCCACAAAACAAAAUAUCUUAUCGGCAGCAUCCAUUUAACAGGCCUCAUAUCAGGAACCUUGCCGCCUCCUCAAACAGAGAGACUUAUUGCAAAUCGCUGUAUAAAUUUGUCAGGUGGGAAGAACUCGAACAUGGCACUAGAUGAGUAUGUAGAACUAGUCAACAGAGAUACAAAAAACACUUGUUCUGGAUUCCAAACAAAGGAGAGUAUAAUUGCGCACUCGAAACAAUUUCCUCUUUUAAUCAAAGCUGUGAAAAAUUUGGACAUGAUUAAUGAUGUACAUAGAAGAAAAGGAUUCCACAACAUACCUUCAUAUAAAUCUGAUGUUCGGAAGAUUGUACAAGACCUUUUUGACAUCGAUGGUUUUUCCCAACAUAAAGGACGCAAGCUCAAGUGCAGAGAACUAGUCCAGAAAAGCAAUCCAUUUGCAGACAGUUAUAAACAGUUGGUGAACAUGAUAUACAGACAUAAACCUUUACUUCCAUUCCGUCGAUUAAGGAAUAAACAACUAUAAUGAUGUGAUUGUUUAUCUACCUGGUACAUGAGACAUAAAAUCAAAUUAAAUAUUAUGGAGGAUUAUCGCCAAGACUUGUCCUAUUUACAUGCACACAUAUACAAUGUACAGUAAUUAAAUUUUCAAAUGGAAUAAACAUGGAUUUAAUCAA